UUAACAAGUUAAUGAAGCUGAAAAAAUAUUUAUUCUUAUUUAAAAUAUAUAUUUUAUGCUUUUAUUAUAUCAAACUUGUAUAUGUAAAAAGGGACUUCAAAAAUGAUUUUUAUAGCUGUUAUAUUUCUAUGUCAAACUUUACAGUUUUCUGAGUCCUCGUUUAAUGUAAAGAUCUAUCUUGAAACAUUUAAUAUUAGUGGAUCAGCUGGUCGUGAUUAUAAAAGAGAUUGUUGUUCAAAAUAUUUUUGCGAUAAAUUAUGUUUAUUUAAAUUUGAAAUAUGUUAUGGUACAAGUUCGCUCCACUGUUUCCUUUCAAAUACAUUCGUUGAAAAUGAGAAAGCCAGAAUUACUAGUUUAAAACUAGUUUCAUCAAGUAACAUGACGAAACCGUUAGAUGCUAACAUGGCAAACCCAUUGAUUCUUAGAUCGUCGUCAUUAAAGGUGACCUUUAAUUUAAGCAUAAACAUUUAUAAUCAAAAUGUCGACCCACCUAGUUUGUUUAAUAGUUUAUCAGCGCAAUUUUCACUUGACUCGAUUGGUGAUAGAAAACUAAGUUUAUUUGGUGGAUUGAGUAAAAGGUUUAAAAACGAGUUAUCAUUUACAGCAAGUUUAAACUGUGAUGAUAACAUAAAACCAUCUGAUUGCGUUGAUAAGCUAUGCGUGGAGCAUGACGACGAUAUCAAUGGACAUUAUACUUGCGAUAAAAACGGAACUAUUAUCUGCAAAAAUGGAUGGCAUGACCCAUCAAAGUACUGCCGUUCAGUUUCAUCUCAACAACCUUUCUCAAAAGUGGGUUGCUUUAAUGACUUUGGAUCAAUCUCUGGAAAACGACCUUUUCCCAAUUAUGUUAAUUACCGUUCUUUGAUUGACUGGAGCAACCAAAAAACUAGCUUUGAAAAUAUAACAAUGCUGUGUUCUUCUUAUGCUAAAAACAAUGGGUUUGAAUACUUUGGAAUUGAAUUUUGGGGUGAGUGUUGGACUGGUGCAACAACUGAUAUAAACUAUGCUCGAGACGGAGAAUCUAAUCGAUGCUGGCCAACUCCAGAUAAAAAUUUGGGUCCAAUGCUUGUUGGACAAGACUCAACCAUUAUGGUUUAUAAACGCAAUUAACAGAAUUAAUAAAUGUUUUAACAAAAGAUGAAAACAAUUGAAGCAAAAUGAAGUAAAGAUACAAUUAUAAUUAAAAAGUGUAAACUUAUGGAUAUUAAUUAUUAUUUAAACUAUUUUUUUUUUGAUAACGCAUAAUAACUUUUAUCAUUCUAAUAACGUAUUGCGUUAAGAUGUGAGUAGACGUUUAGUAAAUAUACUUAUAUUAUUUAAUAUGUAAUGAAAGUUUGCCAAUCUAUGAUUGCUGUUGAAGCCGGUUUAAAAUAGACAAGCGCACCAGGUAUGCAACGUGCGUUUUAAAAUAAAAAUUAAAUAUUACAAAUCUUUGUUGAUAAACGGCGUGAAUCUUCUCGCCUCACUUUUCUUUCGCAGAAUUUGGCGGUUUCCCUUAAUAACUUUCAAGUUGCUUUUUUCUAAUUUUCUUUCUUCUGCCUUAGUGGCUCCUCCUUUUUUUUUGCGGUCCCAGCCAGAGUUUUUUUUUAAAGACAAAAUUUUUUGGAGGUUGACGCCAAUAUAGAGGCGAUAGCUAUUCUUGGCCGCCUCUAAUCAUAAUUUCGGAGACAAAAUCAUUUUGAGGCCACCUCCAGCGGCCUCUACCUUCAAGCUGGCUUCGGCCGCCAACUUAGAGAUGGAAAUAUCCCGUCGACCAAUGUGAUAAAAAUAAUUUCACGUUUGUUUUUAAAUUUCGAGCAAAUAGAAUAUUAAUUAGGAAUAAAUGUUAAAAAUUUGACAUCAA